CGAGGUAUGCUGUGCUACGCGGAUUCCGCGGCAUCUAGGUAAUUCGAAGAGAAAUGGAUUGCGUAAACUUGGGGGCUUAGAAAAAGAGGUAUUAAGGAUUGCGCAGACAACGUUACGGUCCUUUUUAGCCAAGGCGUUAAAAGAAGCGUGACGUGAACAAAGAGAUAGCCAGCCAAUCGGUGGGUUUGGGAGUUUGGGUGCUAGUUUGAGUGAGCGCGUUUUGUAGAUGAGACAGCCACUCAGCCUCACGUACGGAAUAGAUGAAGGGCGAAAGGGGGGGUGUGAGUGUGAAGAAGAUUCGUGAAUCAAGGCAGUGGUAACAUCUUCACAAGCCUGGAUAUCAUAUCAUGAUAUGCCUCAUUGUAACAUAGUAUGGCAACAAGCAAAAGACGGAAAGGCGAUAUCAAGCACCCAUCAGCCACAUCGUCGCCAAGGCCCAUUAAGUGAGAACAAGGGUGAACAAAAAAAGACAAUUGCAAGGAUUCAUAUAGCUCAAGUUAUUUUCCCUAGGGGUCUGUUUUCCCGCGCUCCUUGCCCUGCGCAUUCCUCCGAAAAAGAACAUGACACAGCCAUCCAAACAGAAACUUGUCCGCCGCCGCCGCCCUUCCUCCCUAGAAAAUUUCCCUUUGCGCGCGCCCUGAGCGUAGCAACAAUCUUAAAAAAAAAAUACAGAACCAAGAAAAAAAGAAAAAGCGAGUCAAAUGGAGGGUGGGGAAAUAAGAAAAAAAAUAACCAGGAGUGGUAUAUCAAAGGAGAUAUACCGCAAAAAAGAAACGACUAUAAAGCAGCCGACCGGAACGCCUUCGUUCACCCUUUGUUGUGUGCCACCGUAAAACCCCCAAAUUUCCAUCAAAAACCAUCCUUGUGAUUUGUAACAGCCCGCAUCCGUGAGCCGUAGACUUUGUUUCCCCCGAUUGUUGCCGCCAUCAUGGGCUGUUUUAUCAAAAACAGAACCAAGCCAGGCCGUGAUAGGCGCUGGUAAUACCCAUA